AUGGGGCAGCAGCAUUUGGAGCAUGCCGAGUUCAGUGUUUGGAUCUGUAAUGAUAACAGUGAAGCUUUAAAGAAGCUUAUAGCCUCACACAGGGUUGCCAUAACAGCAUGGGUCGCCGCUCCUCUGACAGUGAGGAUGACAAAAGUGAGCAGCCGGAGCCAACGGUCCCGUAGGAGCCGGGACAGGGACAGGGACAAGAGACGGAGAAGGCGCUCCAGCAGCAGUUCAUCUCACAGUUCAUCGCGUAAGAGGCGGAGUCGCAGUGCAGACAGGGAUAAAGGAAGAAGCCAUCGGUCACACCGGUCACGCAGUCGAGACAGAAGGUCCCAUUCUCGCCACCGUCGCUCUGGAAGCCGCAGCCACAGCCGUCGGAGAAGCCGCGACCGGAGUCGACGCAAAGACCGGGACAGGGACCGUGACAAAGACCGCGGCAAAGAUAAAAAAGGCAAAAAGGGAGACCCCGGGAGCAUCAAAUCCAAAGGGCUGGAACAUCUGACUCCAUCGGAACAGGCCAAAGUCCGAAUGCAACUGGUUUUGCAGGCUGCAGCCAAGACGGACGAGGUGCUGAAGGCUAAAGUGGCAAAAAGAGAAGAGGAUGCGCACAAGAAACUGCUAGAAGAAGGAACUUCUCUAGAGGAACAAGUGCGAAGGAUAAAGGACAUUGAAGCCAUUGAGAGUGAUUCUUUUGUUCCUCAGGCUUUCAAAUCAUCCCGGGACCAACUAAAGGUUGAAGUCAAAGAAGAAGAAGAAGUAGAAGAAGAAGCUGUAUCUCAGGACGUCAGUCUUCCAGUGUCGACUGUGUAUAAUGACACAGACACACUGGCUCAUCCUAAUCUGUUUAUGGACAAAGACAAAGCAGAGGAACUGUGGAUGAAGAGACUGAUCUCCUUACGACAAGAAAGACUAUUGGGCAGUCCUGUCGCAUAA